AUGGUGACACGACAGUUGAGCCCCCGACAGUUGAGCCCACCAACAGAUGAGCUCCCGACAGUUGAGCCCGAAGUAAAGAAAAAAGGAUAAGUCCAAGAAAAUAUUUGGGUGUGGGUGUGGGAGGGAUGUGGGUGUGGGAUGGGUGUGGGUGUGGGUGUGGGUGUGAGUGGUGGUUGAAGUUACGAACAAGGAGGCGCGCGCCGGCGCCC